ACCGUAAAAAAUAAAUCUCGGUUCUCCUUCGGUCCUUCUUAAACUUAGACAAAACUUCCCAAUAAUUACAUCCGUUUACCAAGGAAGUAAACCUGUCUUGGGAAGAAAGAAAGUAAAAAAAUCUGAAAAGGUUUUAGCAGGACCAUCUGAAGGUUAUAAGAAAGAGGCUGCUUUUCUUGCAGUCUGCAGAGGAAAGGUUUCUGAAGGCAUUGAUUUCUCUGAUGAGAUGGCUAGAGUGGUUAUAGUUGUUGGGAUUCCCUUUCCAAACAUAAAUGAUAUUCGAGUUGCACUUAAGAAGAGGUUCAAUGAUUGCUAUAAGCACUCAAAAAACAUUCUUAGUGGUAGUGAUUGGUACUGUCAGCAAGCAUUUCGAGCUGUUAAUCAAGCUACAGGUCGCUGUAUUCGACAUAAAUUUGACUAUGGGGCCAUCAUUUUUUUAGAUGAGCGGUUCUGUGAGGCAAGAAAUAGGGCAUACAUUUCAAAGUGGUUGCGAAAUUCGAUUAAAGAAUAUGAAUGCCUUGAUGAUGCAUUGGACAGGUUGAAAUUCUUUUUCAGAGACAUCAAGGAACGUAAUGGGAGGUCAAUUGAUGCCACCACCCAAAGCUCUGUUGCUAAUCUUGUGGAUAAGCCUUCGUCAAGUAAGAUCCAAGUAGUGAGCCUUGGUAUUCAGAGUUUUAAGUCUACGAACGAAGAGAACUCUAAAGACAAUAGAAAACACAUUGAUCUGGAAUGUGAUUCUCCAAAUAGAUCCAGCCUUAGGUGCUCCAAAGAAGCACUGAUGGCAGCUUUCAGUAGUGACUCUGAAGAAUCAACUUUUUUUAAGAGAACUCCUAGGGCCAGUGGCACUGUUCAUUCAACUUCCCCCGAAUCUUUCUCCAAAGAAUUUUCCAAUUCAUCAUUCAUUCAAGCAUCUGUUGGAAAUAUAGACAACUCAGCAUGUCGUAAUACUACAUCCAUGCAAGAUCUAAAUUGUUUGACUAGCACCCCAGAAAAACAUCUUUGUGCGUUGGGUAAUUGUAUAACUCCUGAGGUAGAAUCAUCUAUAAAUUCUAGUGUAAAUUCGCGUUCAGAGAAAAGAAAAAAACACUUCGAUUUAUCAUUCGUUCGCCAUUUUGAGGCAGACAAAGUUGAUUCUACAGAUUCCACCGCUCCAAUUGAUUGCUCUGAGCCCUGGUUAAGAGAGAUCAAAGGUGAAAACAUGGGUAUUGAUAGUGAUUCAUUGAUCAGCACAUCGGAGGACUACAGAUCCAUGUUUCGUACCCUUGCCAUGGACAAUAAACUACAGCUUUUUUGCUCAAGUUGCAAACGUGCAUUGGGUCUUCCUCAUAACAACUUCAUAGUUAAUUGUUCAAUGACUUCAUUAACAAAGGUUCACUUAAAAACACUUUGGCAGAGGAAACUUGAUCUUGAUUUGGGAGCAACAAGCAUCCCUAUUUUGAUUUCCGACAUUGGAUCAAUUGAUCAACAAAUCUACAAUAGAACUUGUGAAAGCAUUUCUGAUCAGGAGAUUUGGUGUAAGGAUGAUGGAUGUGUAUUCAAAACUGUUUUCUGCCCUUUCUGUGACAAGCCCACCAAUUGCCUUGGUGUACAAGUCACAGCUGCUGAUGCUUCAAAUAUCCAAUUUCUUAACAAGAUACUAUUUUUUUCAGAUUCCCUCUUGAUAAAGACCACGGAAGCAUCAAAAGCGGUAUUGUCGCCAUGCCCUGGCUCUAGCACCAGUGGGAAAGCUGGUCCUUGUUCCAUUGAGAAUUUCUCUUCCCCUCCAUAUAAUAAUCCGACAUGGUCGAGCACCACUGCGAAGACUGAUCCCAGUGCCAUUGAGAGUUUCUCUUACACUCCUGAUAAUACAAAAGCAACAGGAUGGAGGACUACAAAGUCUAAGAUGCGGCUUCCAAAGAGAGGCCGGCUUUAAGUGCUUUGUACAUGCUAUGCGGGGCUGGAAAUACCGCCACCACGACAAUUGCUGUUGAUUCAAGCUCUUCCUAUGUUUAUCAUUCUUUUUUCCAGGCAAUGCAGGAUUCAGAUAUGCAGCGCAUGUGCUAAUUUAGUUCCCUAUUGAAUAUUUGUUUACUUGCAUGGUAUCAUUCAUUAUUUGAUAAAAUGAUGUUUUUUACUUCUUUUUUGUACUCCUUUCGUUCCUAAAACUCUUCAUAUUUUGACUUUUUUAGUUGAAUAGUAAUACUUUUUUAUUACAAAUUGUGAGAAAAGUAUAUUGAAUUAUAAUAUAAAUUUAAUAUAAUCGGGUUCAGCUU